AUGUUGUCUGUAUAUUCAGGCUAUAUAUUUGGAUACUCUCAUUUGGUAUAUGCACUAGGCCUCUCUGGUUUUGCCAUAUUUCAAAAUAUGUCUCUUCAGGUUAUAAUAUUCGCAAUAGAAAAACAAAAGUAUGUUAUACUACUACUUUUAAAAGAGCUUAAACCUAGAUUUGUUGUUAAUUAA